CUCGGUGCGGCUCGGAUGCAAUCGGAUCGAAUCGGCUCGUGGAGCAGGACAAGCAAGACGAGUAGGAGGAGCCGGAGGCGUCAGUCAGUGCGCUGCUUUUUAUUUUCGCUUUCUGCUCACUGCCUCAGUAUAAGGUUCAUGUAGUGAGAUGUGCUGUUUUCGCCAUGGCGAGGGGUCUGUCAUCGUGGGCCUGGCUGAAGAAGCCCUACUGCAUUCAGGCUCGCUUCUCCUACCUGCGCAUGAAGUACCUCUUCUUCUCCUGGCUGGCGGUGUUCAUCAGCAGCUGGGUGCUCUACGUGCAGUACUCCUCGUACACGGAGCUGUGUCGUGGGCACGAGUGCAAGAACACCAUCUGUGAUAAAUACAGGAAGGGGGUGAUUGACGGCUCCGCCUGCAGCAGCCUGUGUGACAAAGGAACGCUCUACAUGGGGAAAUGCCUGUCUGCCAAGCCAAACAACCAGGUUUACACUGGCAGCUGGGGGGAUCUUGAGGGGGUCAUCAAGUGCCAGAUUGACGAUAUCUUGCAUUACAACCUGGGGACCGAGAUGGAGCCCAGGAAGGAGGCUGUGCUCUUCGACAAGCCCACCCGCGGAACCUCCGUUGAAAAGUUCAAGGAGAUGGUCUUCAGUCAUCUAAAGGAGAAAGUGGGUGAGCAGGCCAACCUUCAGGAGCUGGUGAGCCACGUGCUGUCCGUAGCCGACGGCAAUAAGGACGGCCACAUCUCCCUGCCGGAGGCCAAGUCAGCGUGGGCUCUGCUGCAGCUCAACGAGGUGCUGCUCAUGAUUGUCUUGCAGGACAAGGAGCACACGCCCAGGCUCAUGGGUUUCUGCGGGGACCUGUACGUGACAGAGAAGGUGCAGUACACCUCGCUGUACGGCAUCAGCGUCCCCUGGCUGCUUGAGCUCUGGAUCCCUCGGGGGUUGCGGCGCAGCAUGGAGCAGUGGUUCACGCCCUCGUGGCCGCGCAAAGCCAAGAUCUCCAUCGGCCUGCUGGAGUUCGUCGAAGACGUCUUCCACGGCCCCUUCGGCAACUUCCUCAUGUGCGACGUGAGCGCCGCCAACUUCGGCUACAACGACAAGCACGACCUGAAGGCGGUGGACCUGCGACGAGUGGUGCCGGAGACGGUGCUCCGGCACGUCAUGCGGGACCGCCGCUGCGAGGUGGACGACGACUGCAUCUACGGCGCUGACUGCCAGACCUCCUGUGACCUCACUAAACGGCGCUGCACCACCGAGGUGGUCCAGCCCAACCUGGCCAAGGCCUGCCGGGCACUGAAGGACUACCUCCUGAGAGGGGCGCCUUCGGAGAUCCGCGAGGAGCUGGAGAAGCAGCUCUAUUCCUGCAUGGCGCUCAAGGGCUCUGCGGACCAGAUGGAGAUGGAGCACUCGCUCAUUCUGAACAACUUGAAAACCCUGCUGUGGAAGAAGAUCUCCCACACUAAGGACUCGUAAGGGUUUCCUCUGCUGCACUAGGACUGACCACCCUUUCCCGCCCUCUUACUCUGGCCUUUGGGGGGGGAAAAAAAAAAAAAAACCACCGGGAACUCAAACGGUUUCUGGAGAAAAAUGCUUUAUAUCCAAACUGAGAAGAAAUCACAUGACGUUUUUGUUUUCGUUUGUUCGUUGCCGUUUGUGGAUUCGUGUACCGUGUACAUUGAAUAUUAGGGAUUUUGCUUUUGGUGCAAACUUUGUUGGGUUUUGUUCCUAAAUUGUGCCAUAAGGAAGCGACACUGCUGGAGGAGAGCUCAGCCUGGGGCGGGGUGCGAAAGGGUGCCUUCGGAUGUAGCAUAAUGAAGAUUCUCUUCCGCCGACUACGCCAGCGUGCAACGUUUUUUCACUUCUGAAGGAAGUUCCACUAAUUACAGCAUUUUAGUGCUGCUGUUGCCUCAUUCAUUUAAAACGUUUUGUUAAUUCAAAUAUGAAGUAUAUGUAACAUUUUAAGAUUUUUAAACCACUAUGUAGUACAUUCUGUCCUGAAGGCCAUUGCUGCUGUUUAAGAAAAAAAAAAAAAAAAUGAAUUGCAACAAUCCAGGCAUUAAGAUGUUUACCAUGUAUGUUUGGAAAUAGCAUGAACAAUUUGCACAUUAAAAGACGUACGACACGA